ACGUGUUCUGUCUGAACGGGCCCCUCCUGUACAAACACCGCGUUUUCAUCACAGUGCGCUGGAAAUUGCCACUCUCCUGAAGAUUUUAGCUCCAACCCUAAUCUAACAUGCCUGAACAAACUAAUCAAGUUCUCCAGGAUAACUAAAAAAAAUUAAAGGCAGGUGUGUUUGAUUAGGGUUGGAGCUAAACUCUGCAGGACAGUGGCUCUUCAGGACCGGAGUUGGCCACCCCUACACUGUCAUUUUCACGUAAAUACUCGAAUUCAUUGUAGAGUAAUGCCAGGAGAAGCUGUGCUUAUUUAAUAGAGCAGAUAUCGAAGCUAUAGCGUGUUUGUCCAGGAAGUAUGAAGGGUUUUUUUUUAGUAAUUGAAUGCUUGCGGAAGACCUUGUCGAGUUCAGCCUAGUGGACCUUAAUACCAGUCGCGCUGACGCGCAUUUGAGUUUAGAGUCUGAUGUGAAAAGACCACUACACGGAUGAGUGUGAAAUAUAUCCGCGGAACGACUCCCUACGUGUUAAAUGUGUCAACACCAGAGACCAAACGAGACCACUAUUACAUUUUAAAAACUUAAGUAUAUUAUUUCGCUUAUGGCAUAUCGGGAAAAGAACAAAAAGACACUUCUAGAGUUGGUAAAGCUGCCAGACAAUAGCUGCUGUGCUGACUGUGGAGCUCCAGAACCAGACUGGGCUUCAUGUACACUUGGAAUAUUUGUGUGUCUGAACUGUUCUGGGACUCAUCGCAAUCUUCCAACUAUAAGUCGUAUCAAAUCCAUACGCCUAGACUUCUGGGAUGACGAGGUUGUGCAGUUCAUGAAGGCCAAUGGAAACGGAGCUGCCAAAAAAUUUUAUGAGAAAUUUGUCCCCGUCUUUUAUUAUCGACCCCAGACAGAAGACUGCGAGGUACUGCGAGAACAAUGGAUUCGAGCCAAAUAUGAAAGAAUGGAGUUUACAGAGGAAAAUACAGAAAGACCAUACUCAGCAGAUGUCUAUGAGGGCAUGUUAUGGAAGAAAGGAAAGGAUAAUGGACAGUUUCUCGAGCGGAAGUUUGUUCUUUCAGUGCAUGAUUUUACCCUCAAGUACUACAAGGAGGAUGAAUCUAAGGGGCCAAAGGCCAUCAUCUCUGUGAAGGACUUGAAUGUGACCUUUCAGCCUGAGAAGAUAGGACAUGCUCAUGGCCUUCAAAUCACCUACUGUGUGGAAGAUCACACCCGAAACCUUUUCGUUUACCAUAAAAGUGGACGGGAAAUUGUAAAUUGGUUUAAUGCCAUUAGAGCUGUUCGCCAUGUCUACCUUAAAACAGCCUUUCCUACAGCAAGUGAUGGAGAUUUAAUACCAUGGAUAACCAGAAACUAUCUGAAAGAGGGUUACAUGGAGAAGACUGGCCCUCUGCAAAGAGAACCUUUCAAGAAAAGAUGGUUUAUCUUGGAUUCCCUGGACAGGAAACUGCUCUAUUUUAAAACACAGCUGGAUGCUAUUGAGCUUGGGGUUGUUUUUAUUGGCUCAGAAAAUCACGGGUAUUCAGUGAGAGAGUGUGUGCCUAAAGGGACGAGAGGCAACAAAUGGAAGUGUGGGGUAAUUGUGGAGACACCAGAUCGACAGUUUAUCUUCAUGUGUGAACAAGAGCGUGAUCAAAAGGAGUGGGUAGAGGCCCUCAAAAAAGUCAUUUCAAAACCCAUGCUGCCCCAAGAUUAUACCACUGAAGCUAAUAUACGUAGACGGAGAUAAAAACAGUGACUGGAUGUGACUGUGAGCUCGGCAGACAAUGUCUCAUUGUACCCUAAAUUCAUUUUAGAUGAACCCUUAUAUUCUGAUUUCAAAUCUUGGGUUGAACAUUUGACGACAAACAGUCACAGACAUUAGUCAGAUGGAACCUUGGAGAGAACAUGACUCUUUGGGCAUUAUCUCUAUCAGUAAGUUAAAAAAUGAAUCUCUCCUGGUCAAUUUAAGGAUAUGAAACUUCAUAAACUGACAGAUCAUUUAAGCACUGACAGGACAACAGAGAAGAUGUGUGUGCAGAAUGAUGGAUCAGACUGCUAUGUGAAGAUCUUGGCUCUUUAUUAUAAGGAGAGAUCAUGAAGCCUUGACUUAAGACCUGAAGUGCAUCUUGGGGAUACAACAUCUUAUGCUUAUUAGAGAGAACUGAAUUAGACUCACAAACUGAGCUAGACACAAAAUUGUGAGAAAGUGGAGACUCAGGAAUUUUGGUACAUAAUGUGCACUAAUCACUAACAAUAUUCUCUCAACCUGAGGACGGGGAAGAAGCAUGAGUGACCUGGAGUGUGUGAUGAGAAAUGCUCUUUGACAAACACUUCAGUUUCAUUAAACUGACAUUUGGCCAGGCUUUGUUUUCUGAUUUAUAAUCAUGUGGAUUAUUGAACAAAUUGAUGUCCACAAUUAGUCAAUUUUAUUUAUAUUCAUGUGUAUCUUUAAAUAACGCAAGUUGAUAUGUGCCAUGUUUUCCAUAUCAUGUUUCUGUAAAAAAAUAAAGUUUUGCAUUACAGUUUUA